AUGAGCAUUUUCCAAGCCCCUAGAAAUAACGGAACUCUUUUCCUGGGAGGAGAGAAGAUCACCGGCUCGGAGGUUCGAGAUCAGAAUGUUCUUGCUACUCAGGCCAUUGCGAACAUUGUUAAGAGCUCAUAUGGGCCUUCCGGGCUCGACAAGAUGAUGGUGGAUGACAUUGGAGAUGUGACCGUAACGAAUGAUGGAGCUACCAUCCUGAGUCUUUUGGACGUUGAGCAUCCCGCCGGGAAGAUCUUGGUGGACCUUGCCCAGCAACAGGAUAAAGAGGUUGGAGAUGGAACAACAUCGGUCGUGAUCAUUGCCGCUGAACUCCUCCGAAGAGCGAACGAGCUUGUUCGUAACCGGAUACACCCUACCACCAUCAUCACCGGAUACCGUCUCGCCCUCCGAGAAGCCGUAAAGUACAUGCAGGAUGUCAUGUCCAUUAAGGUCGACUCGCUCGGAACCGAAACCCUAAUCAACAUUGCAAAGACCUCCAUGUCGUCGAAAAUUAUUGGUAGUGACUCUGAUUUCUUCGCCAGGCUGGUUGUCGACGCGAUGCAGGCUGUCAAGUCUACCAACGGCCGAGGAGAGGUCAAGUACCCUGUUAAGGCUGUCAACAUCCUCAAGGCUCACGGAAAGGGUGCUUUGGAAUCUAUGUUGGUAAAGGGAUAUGCUUUGAACUGCACAGUUGCCUCCCAAGCUAUGCCUACCCGUAUACAGAACGCAAAGAUUGCUUGUCUCGACAUGAACCUUCAGAAGGCACGCAUGGCUCUUGGCGUCCAUAUCACCAUUGAUGACCCACAGCAGCUCGAGGCUAUCAGGGAGCGUGAGGCUUCGAUGGUCCUGGACCGUAUAAAGUUAAUUUUGGAUGCUGGUGCAAAUGUUAUUUUUACAACUAAGGGUAUUGAUGAUCUGUGUUUGAAGACUUUCGUUGAAAAGGGUGCUAUGGCUGUCAGGCGUUGCAAGAAGGAGGAUCUGAGGCGGAUAGCGAAGGCCACCGGAGCCACUCUUGUCAGCUCGCUCUCAAACUUGGAGGGUGAGGAGGUGUUUGAGGCUUCAUCUUUGGGAACAGCUGAGGAGGUUGUACAGGAGCGUAUCUCUGACGAUGAGUGCAUCUUGGUCAAGGGUACCAAGGCGUUCUCCUCUGCCUCCAUUAUCUUGCGAGGCCCCAACGACUACCAGCUUGAUGAGAUGGAGAGGUCUGUUCACGACUCUCUCUGCGCUGUCAAGCGAACCCUUGAGAGUGGAAAGGUCGUUCCAGGAGGUGGUGCCGUCGAGACUGCUCUGAGCAUCUACUUGGAGAACUUUGCCACCACCCUUGGAUCCCGUGAGCAGCUCGCAAUUGCCGAGUUUGCUUCUUCCCUUCUCGUCAUCCCCAAAACUCUUGCCGUCAACGCCGCGAAGGACUCUUCCGACCUUGUUGCCAAGCUCCGAUCAUACCACGCUGCUAGCCAGACAGCUGAUGAGACUGACACUAAGAAGAAGAACUACAAGAACUACGGUUUGGACCUGUUGAGGGGUAAGGUAACGGAUGAGGUCAAGGCGGGAGUUUUGGAGCCAACCAUGAGCAAGGUGAAGAGUUUGAAAUCAGGUGUAGAGGCUUGUAUUGCGAUCAUGAGAAUCGAUACCAUGAUUAAGUUGGAUCCCGAACAACCACAAGAAGACCCCCACGGUGGCCACUAA